GGAGUCGGGUUUUCCCACAAGGUUGCGCUUGGCUCGUGAGCAAAUGGCGAACGAGACAUUUCGAACGGAGAGAGAGAGAGAGAGCUCUGAGCGCGAUCAAAGGGCGCCCAUUAUUUUGUUACUUUGCGCCUUCGUGGAUCUUGCCUCGGGACGAAAACGUCGUUCCCAUCAAAGGCAGCGUCCUCGACGACAAUAUGCAGCCCUCCGCACACACACUCUACGGGGCGGAGGGAAAGAAGGAAUAGUCCGUAUACGUGCUAUUCGUGCAUGUAGAUAGCUGCUCUGUGGAGACUACUCUCUUUUCUACUAUGAAUUUUUUUUUUUUUUCCACCCCAGGAGUUGGCUGUAACCUUGGGGGUGAACGCUCUCCUGUUGCUCCAAUCCUUUCAAGUAUGCAGCGCAGGACGCUACAUAUAAGAAAUCUCACUCUUUCUUCCCCUUCAUUCCCACAGACAGCAUUUAAUUAUACCUUUUCUAAGCUUGUGGAUUUUGUCCUUGGAAAAGAUGGCUCGCUUCGCUCUGCUUUGCCUAUAUCUCACGCAAUGCUCUGUCGUCGUCUUGGGACAAAGACACUCUGGCCCUGUGACUGUCCAUCCAAGCAUUACUGCUGCUGCUGCCGCCGCCGCCGCACAGACAACUGAAAUAACCAAAUGUCAUAAUCACGGCCCUCAAACAUUCUGUCUUGAUGGAUAUGGUGCAGAGGUGCUUGUAUCUGGUACAGCUACAGCUACAGGCCCUCCUCCUUCCCGAUUCACUGAUUGCCAUAACCAUGGCUCACAAAAAUAUUGUGUGGGACCCGACGGGGACGAGGUUCAGGUACUCCCUGAAGGGUCUUCAGGUGAUGACCAUGGCCAUGAAGAACAUAACAAUGGAAAGAGUGGACAUGAAGGCCUCAACUGUCAUUUCCACGCAGGAGUAGAGCACUGUAUCCCAGAAAAUGGAUCUGAGGAACCUACUAUGUCUUGUGAUCGUGUUGAUCGAGAUUACAAUAUCCCUUACCGUAUCGGCUCCCUAUUUGCUAUUUUAGUGACAAGCGCAAUCGCUGUGUUCGGUCCGGUUUUGAUGCAGCGAUUUUUCGCAUCGACCAUGAAUAUCUUUGUGUUCACAAUAAUCAAACAGCUUGGCACAGGUAUCAUGAUUGCAACUGCUUUUAUCCAUCUCCUGACGCACGCGGAGCUCAUGUUUGGCAACAAAUGCCUUGGCACUCUUCAAUAUGAAGCCACCGCGACAUCCAUCUUCAUGGCUGGCCUAUUCAUAACCUUCUUGAUCGAAUAUUUCGGAAAUAGGAUAGCCUUUUCACGCGGUAAGAAGCAUCCUCAGGGAGACGACAUGGAACCUUCCGCGACUUCUAGCCACACUGGCCCAGUAUCAGGAGCAAAAACUGGGUUAGAUUCAGCAAUUGCAAACCUGGGUCACAGUCAUAGCCAUAGCAGUUUCCCGGACGAUAAGAUUAGCGUUUUUCUCAUGGAAGCAGGCAUCGUUUUCCACUCAGUCAUCCUUGGUGUCACACUAGUAGUCUCAGGUGAUUCAGGAUACACUCCUCUAUUCAUUGUGAUUAUCUUUCAUCAGAUGUUCGAGGGUUUGGCUCUGGGCUCCCGAAUCGCUGAUCUAGCUAACACGAACAUAUCUACCAAACUUGUCAUGUCCUCUAUCUUUGCCGUGAUCACACCUCUGGGUAUGGCCAUUGGUCUAGGCGUCCUUCACUCAUUCAAUGGCAAUGAUAAAAGUACUAUCGUUGCCAUAGGGACCCUCGACGCAUUCUCUGCUGGUAUCCUUGCGUGGGCUGCUAUCGUUGAUAUGUGGACUCACGACUGGCUUCAUGGAGAUCUCAAAGAUGCUAGUAUUGGCCGAAUGAUGACCGGUCUACUGGCUCUCAUCAGUGGUAUGGUUUUGAUGGGAGUCUUGGGUAAAUGGGCAUGA